CCUUGGAUAUAGAACAAUGCGAUUUUGAGAGUAAAAUCAACUUUACUACUCACCACACCGAACAUAAUGGGUUUGACUGGCUGAUGGUGAGAAGAGGCUAGCCAUUCACUAUCACUUUGCACCUAAAAUCUGGGAGUCAGUUCCAAGCAGGCGUCAGCACCUUCAGGUUCAUAGCAGAGACAGGUACAGUACUGUGGACACAAUAUAAAGACCUCAUUAGUCGGGGAAUCCAUGCUUAAACAUUCAGUAUUUAAUCAGCAAGACUGUAGAUAUAUAUAUGAGUUUACAGUUAUGUAUUUUUAUGUGUCUCAUGCAUACUGUCCGCUGAUAUGUCCUGAACACAUCUGUCCUGUGUAUCUUUCUACAGGGCUGUUGCCUAGAGAGGAGUCAAGCCCCAAGGCUACCUUCAGCCUGACUGACUCUGCAUCAAAGACAGGCUGGAGUGCAUCCGCUACUAGUCCCUCUGGGAAUGUAAUCUCAGUGUCUGUGUCCUCUCCUGAUGUCCCCAUUGGACUGUACUUCUUGACUUUGGACCAGGGCCAGAAAGUCAAACUGUGGGAGUUUGUACUGCUGUUCAACCCAUGGUGUGCCAGUAAAUCACAGUAUAUUCAAUCCCUGGUGUGCCAG